CUCUCGGUUGUGAGCGAAUGAGUGAAUGAACGAGGAGAAAAGCGACAACAGUCUCCGUUUACUUCAACACGUAGCACACGUAUACACACGUGCACAUUCACAUAAACACACGUACAUACACAUACACGCAACAUACAGCAUUCAAACAUUCGUACAUUCGUACAUUCGCACAAUCGUAGAUUCCAGUAUUCCUAGGUACGUUCGUUCGUUUGUUCGUUGCUUCACUGAUUGGUUGAUUCUCUGGUUGGUUGGUUGCUUCACCCAUUCUGUUCGUAUGUUGAUAAGACUGGUUACUGUUAGCAGACGCGCCAGACAAGACGGCAGUUGAGUGGAGUCAGUCCUUGCUAUGAUAUUAUCCAACUGUAAAAGUGGAACGGAGUGGAGGUUUUCUCGAGUAAAAUGCAAACGGUUUGUAUUAUGAAAGGAGUACUAUUAAAGGCUUGGGCAAGAAUAUCACUUCUCUUCGCAUAUAUGCCCCUAUUGCAUCUUGUAACAGGUAGGCAGACAUUUCAACUCGCAACACAUAACACUCAACUGAAAUUACCCAAACUUAUGGAACUAGAAUUUCAAGACUUACCAGGUAAGUCCCAAAUUUGGAAUAAUACAACCUUUGCUCAAUAUGAAGACAAUGCACCUAUUCCACGGUUUAACCCGUCUCCUACCAAUGUGACAUUUCGAAGAGGAGAAACUGCAAUCCUUCACUGUUCAAUAGAGAACUUGGGCACCAAAACAGUAAUGUGGAGAAAAGCAUCUGAUCCUCACCCAUGGACAAUCGGUACCUACACAUAUGUAAAAGAUUCCAGUGUAACGGUAACUCAUAAUGAAGAAGCCAAUGAAUGGAACUUAUUAAUAAAAAAUUUAGAAAAACGACAUGGUGGUGUAUAUGUGUGUCAAGUGAGUACACGUGAUAGGAUCUCUCGACAGGUGCUACUAAGAAUUACUGAUAACCCAGUGAGGGAAAAAACUAAACCAAGCAUCCAGGUUUCUGGUAAAUCAUACAUCGAGAAAGGAGAUCCCAUCAAACUUGUAUGCAAUACAACUGGCUCAGAAUAUCCUCCACUGGAUCUCGACUGGUUCAAAGAUGGCAACAAAAUUAAUGCCGAUUCUGCGAAAAAGAUCAAAAUCGAUAAACGCCACUUUCCUCACGCAAACACACUGAGCAGUGUUCUGAAUAUAACUCACAGUAAAAUGUCCGAUGCUGGUGAAUAUGUAUGUCGUAGCUCGAAUCUGGAGAUAACUAGCAUCAAAGUGCAUGUACUCAAUGGAAACGUUCACCCUGAGAGCCAUCCCAGCAAUGAUGAGAAGAAACCCAAUGGUAAGUCUUAG